AUGCAAAGGGCAGUUUUAGCCCUACUUCUCGGCUGCCAGUUAGCCGCUGCCCAAAUCGACGCUUUUGCCGGCUCGAAUCAUUAUGCAGCAAAGCCCACGAUCACUCCAGACAUUCAAAAAUACUUUGAGCUUGACGGACAUGCUCGCGAGCUUGUCGACACUCUAAUUGGCCCCAGGCCCGGAGGGUUCUUCCCCGAGAAAACUUAUGAAGUCGCGAGACCAGCCUAUGGCGGAGGACCCGCUGGACCUCAAGAUGGACUGGCGCAGAUUGGUAAUGCGAUCAGCAACUUCUUCAAUGGCCCACCAGCUCCUCAAGGAGCCGGGGACUUGCAAUUGCCUCCAGGCUUCAACCAGGGAUUCUCGUUGAAUAAUGGAGGAAAGCAGGCGUUGAGUUCGUUCCAGGAGAACGGGAGAAUCGCUGUAAGUUUGACAGCUAAUUGCAUGGAUUUUGGGGAUUUUUUUCCAUCCUGUACUUGCCCUAUUUUCAGCAUGCCCCAGUGGAACAGCAAGCCGCGGAAGUCCAGCGAUCGCCCUCCAAGUCGUCCAUCUCUGGAAUCCCUUCCGACUACCCAAAGCUCCCAAAAUUCCCAUUCUCCAGUAAUUUUGACCCCAAUGGAGCUUCUCCAUCCGUUCUGAAGGCCGCUCCAGAACUCCCAAAGUUCGCUAGCCGCCCAGAAGUCCCUGAAGGAGGAUUUGGCGCCAUGUCCGACGUCCGGCGGUACCCAUCUUCGGUCUCCGAAGCCGCUCAAAAGCCUUACAGUUCCUCGGCAACCAAUGGAGAGUACAGCGAAGAUACAUUGACUGAUGAACCACGGCAAGCUGGUGGUUUGAUCGGCACUAUUAUGGAUCUGUUUGCCAUGAGCAAGGACAAAGAGAACCCACCAGACAUGGGCAACAUUGCCAAGGGUAGGGGAAUUGCUUUCGUACAAUAUUUCUGUCAUUUCUACGACUUAUUUGUAUUUUUUAGGUGUCGGAAACCUCUUGACUGGCCAAAACUCCCCACUGCCCGGAAAGAAUAUCGUGAACAAUGUUUUGUACAAAGCGUUGACUCAGAAUUCAAUCGAUUCCAACUCCUCUAGCCUUCCCAAAUUCGACUUUGACUCCAGCACUCCCAUCACUUUGAACGAAGCCCAGCAAAAAGCGAUCGCCGAGAACUUGGAGAUGGUCGAAGGUCUGAUCAUCCAGCCAUCUUCUCCCCUGUGCAAUCCCAAGCCUGAACCUAUCACUGAAAUGAAUAUUGAUGCGUUUAUGGGCACUUGGUAUCAAGUUGUGUACAGUCCACCUCUCUCUUCAACCCCUUGCAGUAUGGUGACUUACAAGAAGAUGAGUGACGUUAACCCUCAGAAUGGAGGAAUCGGAAGCUUGUUUGAAGUGUUUGAAUACAAGACUGGAGGUGCUCCAUACAGCAAGCCAACGAUUACCAGUGGAUUUGCUAUUCUGAAGGAGAUUGGAGAGCUUAUUUUCAGGACCACCGCCAACAAGGAGGAUGUGACAGGUAGGGGAAAAGUCUUUUAUAUCUAAAUCAUCACGAAAGCUGCCUCCAUCAAAUUUGCUAAACAGAUACAUAGUUCAUUGAAUAACUCUCAAAUGAUAUUAUCUGCCAAAGAAAAAAAUGUUUUUGAAUACUAAAAUACCUAAUUUUAGUUUACAUCAUCCAUAAUGGCCCGAUCAACCAAAAUGGCCAAUAUGAAUACGUUGUGAUGUCGACCAACUGUAAUUACCCACUCUAUGUGUUCGCCAGAGACCCCAUUCUUUACAGACAGGUGAGGUUUAAAAAAAUCUUACUGUAACAUACGAAGAUGAAGACUUUACUUAAAGUCAUCAUUUUUUGAUAUGGCUAGUAUCAGGUUGUGCAUUCUCGUGCCGUAUUUUACCUCAAAUUUGUUUCAGAAAUACGAGAAACAAGUGCUUACCUACCUGGAGAAGCGCGGCAUCAUCAACGGCUUCUCGAAGCUCUUCAACACGGUAGCGCCGGUGGACGCGAGCACCUGCACGUUCCCUCCCAACCUCUUCAACUCACAAGUCUAG